AUUGUAGGACACGGAAGGGCCUAUCAGAGAGGGUCCAGACGCUCCUCCAGGACCAGCGGCACCAUGUCCGGUAUAACAAUACUUUCGAUGCAUUCCGGACCCUGGUGCGGGAGAAUGGUAUGCGUGAGCUGUACCACGGCACAGUGCCCAUCCUGCUGCGCAACGGGCCCAGCAACGCGCUAUUCCUCGGCCUCCGCGGGCCCAUCAAGAGCAGCCUGCCUCAGGCCGAGACCCACGCUGGCCAGCUGGUCACUGACUUUAUCUCUGGCGGCGUUCUGGGAGCCACGCUGGGCUCCUUGUAUUACCCACUGAAUGUGGUGAAGGCUCGCAAGCAGUCGCAGGUGGGUGGAGCCUUCCAAUCCACGUGGCAGGUACUGCACACCAUCUGCAGCGAGCGGGGUGGUAAAUUGAGCCACCUAUACCGAGGGGCGCAUCUGAACUACCACCGCUCCCUCCUGUCUUGGGGCAUCAUCAACGCUGCCUACGAGCUUUUAAUGAAGGUCAUGUGAACUGCUGGAAAGUCGGGCGAGCCUCUACUGCCCCCACCUCAGAAUUCUCUGGCGGCCUUCUGGGAGCCACGCUGGGCUCCUUGUAUUACCCACUGAAUGUGGUGAAGGCUCGCAAGCAGUCGCAGGUGGGUGGAGCCUUCCAAUCCACCUGGCAGGUGCUGCGCACCAACUACAACGAGCUGGGUGGUAAGUUGAGCCACCUAUAUAGAGGGAUGCAUCUCAACUACCACCGCUCGCUCUUGUCUUGGGGCAUC